CGCGCCUGUACGCGUUGUUACACUCCAUAGUCUCCGGUAUCAGCGCUCACGCGUGCCCGGUAUUAAGGGUGUGCGCGCGCGGGCGGAUGUCCGGGAUGACCGGCCGCCUCUAGCCCGGUGUGUUGUGUCGAGAGAGAGAGAGAGAGAGCGAGAGACGGAGGCGCGCGCGCGGGUAAGCGUGUGAUGGCGGACGGAGCGCGCGGCACGGAGGUCUCGCGCGCCGCGGAGCGACGAUGACGGCAGCGCGGAGCUCGAGCGAUCGGGGCGGGAGAGGAGGAGGAGGAGGAGGAGCGGACGGGGACGCGGAGGGGAGCGCGAGAGCGUGUCAGGAGCAGGCCGGCGCCGCGCACCUCAGCCUCGGCGUGCUGGAGUCGGUCGCCACCGUGGGUACAGGCACUUUUGGUCGGGUGGUGCUGGUCCAGGAUCGUAAAACCAAGGGCUACUUCGCAUUAAAGUCCAUGAAGAUUGUGGAUUUAAUCCGACUGAAACAGCAGCAACACGUCCACAAUGAGAAGGAAGUCCUCAUGGAGGUCAAUCACCCCUUUAUCGUCAAACUGUUUUGGACAUGGCAUGAUGAUCGGUGUCUCUUCAUGCUGAUGGAGUUCGUGCCCGGAGGUGAGCUCUUCACCUACCUGCGCAGUCGCGGAAAGUUCAGUAACGACACGGGCCUGUUCUUUGCAGCUGAGAUUGUUAGUGCACUGGAGUAUCUUCACUCGAAAGACAUUGUGUACAGGGACCUGAAGCCGGAGAACAUCCUGCUGGACCGUGAAGGACACGUCAAACUCACCGACUUUGGAUUCGCCAAGAAGGUCGUGGACAGGACAUGUACAUUAUGUGGAACUCCAGAGUACCUGGCUCCUGAAAUUAUCCAGGGCAAAGGUCAUGGUCUGGCAGUGGACUGGUGGGCCCUGGGCGUGCUAAUUUUUGAAAUGUUGUCUGGGUAUCCGCCGUUCUUUGACGACAAUCCUUUUGGUAUCUAUCAGAAGGUUCUCUCUGCCAAGCUGAACAUCCCUCGCCAGCUCGACUUCUACGUGAAAGACCUCAUCAAGAAGCUCCUCGUCGUCGAUAAAACAAAGAGACUUGGCAAUUUAAGAGCUGGAGCCGAGGACGUGAAGAGCCACAAGUGGUUUCGAUCUGUAGACUGGGAAAUCGUUCCUCAAAGAAAACUAAAGCCCAUCAUCAUUCCCAAAGUGACGCACGAGGGCGACCCGUCCAAUUUUGAAGCUUAUCCUGAAGAGAAGCGCAAAAAGGAGCCUGCCGUGUCCCCGCGGGACCUGGAAAUUUUUAAGAACUUUUGAAUACAAACACGAACACUGAUUAUUUAUUUAUUUAUCUAUUUAUUUAUUUAUGCUAAUUUUUGCAUCUUUUCACUAAGGGCAUGUGCCGAUAAUCGCUGAUACGAUACGCCUCACCGUGUCGGACACAAGCACAAGUGAGUCGUCUCGUGCGCGUCUGGAACACGCGCAGCGCUCUGGACGGGGCCGUUAGAACUCCGGAGAUAAAGAUUGUUUAACGAUUCACUUUAAACUCGAAGUUCUAGUGAGGUUGGAACAACAUGGCCGACACCACAGUCACUGUUUUUCACUGUUUGUUUCCUCGUCUAGACGAACUGCCUGCCACACAGCUGACCUUAUUUACGAAGAGUUAUAAUCCACAGGAGCUCUGACCUGCAACAUGUCCUGGAUUGUUAUUUUGCCUUAAUAACUUCAUAUUCAACAUCCUGUUAUUUGGAAUCAUUUCAUAAUUUCAACAUUUCUGAUUAUGUGGAUGAUGAUGGGAAUUGCAAACGGCAAAAUAACAACUGAGCAAUUCACAGAUAAAAGUUGGUCCAAGGCUGCUGGUUUGCCAGGAUUCGUUGUCAUGGUUACGGUAUUGCUAAGGUAUAAUGAUGUACAGCCACCGCAUUGCAUCGAGUUUAAUGAUGGACAAGAAAAUAUGAAAUAAGUAGCAGCUGUUCUACAGUCCAUUGUAAUGAAACCCCACAGGACUAAAGCGAGCCGAGAACGCCACAUCGGUACACGCCCACUCCCACUCGGUCUUGUUCAAUUGCGUUGUGUGUAGCCUUGUAACGUAGCGAUUAUCUAUGCACUUUGUAAGAUGUUUUGUUUGUUUGUUUGUUUGUUUGUAAUGCAAAUGCACAUAACCUUUAUUGCAAGUUAUUCCAAAUGUACCCGUUUAUUCUCUGGGAAUGAUUAUGCAACUUAUGUUUAUGAUCUAUGCAGAUCCAUCGUUUAACUCCACACAGUCUCGAUGUGAUCGUGUCUCACCCUGUACUUGUAUAUGUAUGAUGCUAACAAUGCUAUCAUGCUAACAUUAUAGCUACACUUUCAUAGUUUCUUUUUUUGUUAUGAUAUGCAUGAUUACAUAAUCAAUAAA